GUGGGGAGAUUUUUGACAUGUUUUCAGUUAUGAAGCUGUUACAGUUUUGGUUCCAAUUUACAUUCAGCCUAAACCUCUAAUUAACAGAACAUCCAAUAAUUUGCAGUUGUGUUUUGUAAAAAGGUUGGGCUAAGCCUCCACGGCAUGUAAAAUGAUCCACAAACAUCAUUUUUAUUCUCUGUCUGGGAUGGGCUUGAAGUAAGUAAGAAAUCUGUUUACGCCUACUUCCCUGCUUCUGGCAAGCUGACUAAUAGUAAUCUGAGCUAACAAGAAAGACUAGAAAAGAGAGGAGCGAGAGCAGAGACACAGGCAUGUACUGGAUCUGCACAGAAGGAAAGCUUUGCUCCUAUAAUUAAAUAUACAGUGCUUUGCCUUCCUUCACAAAGGAUUGCACAUCAAGAGAAAUUCACGAUAACUGACAUGUCUGCUCUGCAUUUUAAUUAAGAAAAGAGAACAUAAAAUUGGAUGAACUACUUUAUCCUAACUGCAAACAGAACAGAUCAAGCUUCAGUGUCUUCUUCCCCAUUAAAACGUCGGUCUGAAUAGGACUGAGUGUGCAGCUAUGUGAACUGUGCGAGCAGCAUGCUCAUCCCCAUUGAGGGGUUUUCCUUUCAAGAAGGCGAACACCAGUCAGUUAGAGUAGAACAGUUAUUGCACCUUUGUGAGUAGCAUUAUUGCUUCGUCUGACCUUGUUGCUGUGUGUUCUCUCCAGGUGUGAAAUUAAUCAUCGGACAUAAUGAUUAUCUACAUAUUCCUCUCUUGUAUAUUCUUCAGUAUACCAUCUGGAAUGACUGACUCUGAAUUAUUAACAAUGGCUGCGUGUAAAACAUUAUGCUUGUGCAGUGAAAAGGAUGGAAUAUUUUUUGUGAAUUGUGAAGAGAAAGGCAUCCUAAAUUUGUCUGAAAUAAACAUUCCACCAUUCCAAUACAUGGAUCUUAAUCUUUUGAACAAUGGCUUGUUUAAAAUUCACGAGAAUGAGCUUUUAAGCUUAAAUAAUAUCAUCUCUCUUCACCUUGGAUUUAAUAACAUUGCUGAUAUUGAACCAGGAGCAUUCAAUAACCUCAGCAUCCUUAAAAAACUUCAUAUUAAUCACAACUCUUUAGAAAUACUAAGAAAUUACACAUUUAAGGGGCUGGAAAAUCUAGAGUUUCUUCAGGCAGAUAACAAUUUUAUCAAUACAAUAGAGUCAAACACUUUUAGCAAACUUACAAAACUGAAGGUGCUUAUUCUUAAUGACAAUGCCAUUGAGUCUUUGCCAAGCAAUAUUUUUCGUUUUGUACCUCUAACACACUUAGACCUACGUGGAAACCAGUUGCAAACCCUUCCAUACGUUGGGUUAUUAGAACAUAUUGGACGAAUCACAGAGCUGCAGCUAGAAGACAACAAAUGGGUUUGCAGUUGUGACUUACUUCAGCUAAAACUUUGGCUUGAAAACAUGCCAAGACAAUCCAUAAUAGGGGAUGUUGUUUGUAAUAGUCCACCAAUUGUAAAAGGUACGCUAUUGAGAAGAUUAAAAAAUGAAAUGUUUUGUACCAAUCAAGAUAAAUUUGAUAAUCCUUCAUGGCCAAUGUCAUUAGUUGGAACUGCUUCAAUAUAUAAUGAUCGGAUACCAACAAAAAUUGCAUUUGUGCAAAAAGCACCAACUAAGGAUCCAACAUUAUUUAUUCCCCCAAAAUUGCCUACACUGCUACCAGACUUUUAUUGUCCUAUUCCAUGCCACUGUUCAAGUCACACUCUUCCAGGAACUUUGAUCCAUUGCCAGGAGCGUAACCUUGAAAGUCUUUCAGAUAUUGGGCCACCACCUCAAAAUCCAAGAAAGCUAAUAUUGGCAGGAAAUCUAAUCAAUGUGUUACACAAGGGAGAUUUUACAGAUUAUGCAAGCCUUGAAAUGCUUCACUUGGGUAACAAUCACAUUGAAAUGGUAGAAGAGGAAUCUUUUUAUAGCUUGACAAAAUUACAAAAAUUGUAUCUAAAUGGAAACCGUCUAAGACAUUUAAAUCCAGACAUGUUAAUAGGGUUGACAAAUCUUGAAUACCUGUACUUAGAGUUUAAUUUCAUAAAAGAAAUUCUACCAGGAACAUUUUCUUCUAUGUCAAAACUUAAAAUUCUUUAUUUGAAUAAUAAUCUUAUUCAGUCUUUGCCAGAUCAUAUUUUUUCUGGGGUCCCAUUAACAAGUUUAAAUCUGAAAAGCAAUCAAUUUGUUACUUUUCCAGUAACUAAUGUUUUAGAGGAUGUAAGUUCACUUCUACAAAUUGAACUUCAAGACAAUCCUUGGGACUGCACAUGUAACAUAAUAGGACUCAGAACCUGGGUACAACAAAAUACAAACAUAAUGGUUAGCGAAAUGCUAUGCAGCAACCCGACUGAGUUACUGAAAAAAGAUUUGAAAUCCAUUCAAAAUGAAAUAUUAUGCCCAGAAUUAUUAAAUAUAUAUCCAGUUCAAUCCAGUUAUCCACCCCUAGUUACAACUAGUACAGUUGACUCUAUACUCAGAUCACUUUCGGAUUCAAUACCACUUUCUGUUGUAAUACUUGGGCUUCUUAUCCUUUUGCUUACAACUGUUCUUUGUUCAGCAGGGAUAAUUGUUUUAGUUUUACACAGAAGGAGAAGAUCUAAAAAGAAACAGGUUCAUGGGGAGAUCAGAGAAACAAGUCCUGUUCACAUCCAAUAUAGCAUGUAUGGCCACAAAACAACCCAUCAUACAACUGAGAGACCAAGGUCAACACUUUGUGAGCAGGGACUUUCAAACCCCAUGAUACAAGUUUAUCAGACUCCUCCAUUUAUUACAAAACAAGAAGAAGACAUAGAAAAAAGGGCAGAAGUUGAUUCAAAAAAACAUUACAGAAGUAUUUUGGAAAGGGAAAAUGAUUCACCCCUAACAAGUUCCAAAGCAAACUUUAGGGCUAAUGACCCUCAAGAAUGUAUGGCUUUUCAGGAUACCAGCUAUUUGUACCGAAACAUGAUGGAAAAAGAAAAUGAAAUCAAACAGCUUGGCAUUGCAGAAUAUUUAAGAAAAAACAUUGCUCAUUUGCCACCAGAUCUUGAUAUACAUUAUCCAAGGAGUCAUGAAGAAAUAAAAUUGAUGGAAGCUCUUUUGUAUUCCAGACCACAGAAGCUUCGAGUAGAACAAACACAAAAUGAAUAUUUUGAACUUAAGGCUAAUCUCCAAGCAGAGCCUGAUUACUUAGAAGUUUUAGAACAAAGGACUUGAACUACUAUCAUGAAAUUACAAAAGACUCUCAACUUUGAAGGCCAAAAUUCAGUCUGGCAUUGCUACAGUAUACAGUAUAUUUGUUCUAGUGCCUCUUUUGAUAAAAAAAAAACCUAAGAAAACGAACACAUAUAUACAGUCUCAGGGAGAAUUAAGAUGAUGUUCGUAAUGUAGAUUUUUUAUUUACUUUGGUUUACAAAAGGCAGAAUAAUUUCCAUUUGCUUUUUUAUGUUUUAUUGUUACAUUAAUAAUAUUUUUAUAUUUUAAGCAAUAGAUUACUUAUGGAAAUUAACAUACUAGAACUGCUUGGAUAUUUUGUAUAAUGUUGCACCAAAAAUAUAUAGUGCUAAGAACUAAUUAAGAGAAGUUAAACACUUACUAAUCAAAUCUUGCCACUUAUAAUUAACUAAUAUAUGUUUAAUAUGCUUGCAUGAAUUUUAGUUUUCUGUUUUCAAAGUCUAGUUAAAAUGUAAUCAAAGCAAAUGUACAGUAUGUGAACACAGUACUUGGCAAAUGCCUCAAUGUGUAAAUAUUUGAGUGGUUUCAUACAGAAUAUCUUUAACUACUGAGAUUAAAAUACUUAAGUAAUAUAUAAAACACUCCUUUGCUGGACAACGGAGAAAAGAAAGGAAAUACAAAAAGGUUAAAUAAAAUAAAAAACAAGCACCUAUUGCAUUGGUGUGUGUGGAAAUACUUUGAUGCUUGUAUCCAUAUUUGCCUGUGAAAUCCCAUGCCAAAAACUUCUGAGGCUUCAAUAUUUUAUUUUUAAUUAAUAAUGGGUGAAAAACCCAUGCUUAAGUUUCAAAAUUAAAAUGGUGACAUUUUUUGUUCAUGAUUUUCAUUGCCAUUGUGCAUGUAUACAUGUAGGUGGUAAAUAGGCACACUAUAGGGUUCAUUUACUGAUGGCGGGGGAGGCACACAGGGAGCACCAACAUGUGCAUGGUCUAACUGAGCCCUGUUCUCACCACCUGUAAGGAAAGUGACUGCACUUUGCAUUUGAUGUAAGCGCUUUCCGAAUAAGCACUUAGGUCAGUAAUUGAUGACUCAAAAUGGUAAAACAUAUCAGUCAAAUAAGUCAUUGUUGUCAUGUAUAUGACAUAAUUAAUUAUCUAAUUGUGUGGCCAAAUUGUAAGAUGUCCUAUCUGCCUAAUAAGCUUAAAGAGUUCUAGUUUAUACAGAAGAGGCUUGACCACUAUUUAACUUUGCUUUUGGGAUUUUUGUUAAAGAAACAGCAUUUACUUGCAUAUUCUGUCUUAUUUAUAUCAAUGUGAUUGCCCACCAGGGGCGCUUCGCCAAUGAGGCGGGUUGAGGCUGUCGCCUCAGGCG